GCAUCCAUGCUUGUCAAUCAAAUCACCUAACGCGAAAACAAACGGAAAAAAAUUGACGAGCCACAGCUGAAAAAAGGCAUUUUAUUUUGCAAUCGCGGGCGGGACGGUUCAAAACAGCGCGACUCCUCGCGAGCGAUUUUAGAGCAUCACAAUCGAUCUGCUUUCCUGGCUGUCGGACGAGUUUUCGAAAAACUCGGGAAGGGAUUUUGAUUUGUGCUAAAUACCAUGUUGAAUCGCAACGAAUCGGAAAAGUGCGCCGUUUGAUGCUCUAGUAACCGAAUUAGAGAGCUAGAAUUACAAAUCGCCAGCGAGUCGAAGUAGGGAAAUGCAAUUUUCGUCUUCCUGAGACCGAAAAAGAAAGAAAGAAAGCAGAGAAAAUAAAAGAAACACGAAAGGCGAAUGCAAAGUGCCCAAAAAGAUAUAUGUAUGUUUGUAUGCAAUUCGAUUGCCAGGAAGACACGGAAGCAAUAAAAAGUACGGGCAAAAACGCAAUCGCAAUCGUUACACAUAUUAUAUGUACAUAUAUUCGCUCGGUUGGAAAGUUCUUUUGUGCAGAAAAUCGAAAAACCACACAACAAAAUAAAUUGCUAGGCAAAACAGGCAGCAACAGCAUCCUCAAGAAUCUGAAUCUCGCCGCUCUCUUUCACUCUCUCGCUCGUGCCCUCUCUUUCUCUUGACGAAGGCGAAGAAAGAAGCAAAGCAAAGGCGACAUAAAAUUACCUAAAAUCAUUAUUUUUCAACGUGCUGGCUGCUGUGGCAUUUAUGCCAAAUAACUGAAUCACAAAAAUGGAUUACAAAUUCAUUGUUUUCAACGCAGCAAGGGACAACAAUUUGGCGCAAUUGAAGGCCACCCUUUACAACAAAAGCUCUGGCGAAGUGGGCAGCCUGAUAUCGGCGAAAGUGAACGGAGCCACCCCGUUGGUCAUCUCCUGCCGCAAUGGACACUACGACAUUGUAGAAUACCUAUUGACAAAGUGUCGGGCCAACGUGGAGCAGGUGGGUUCGGUCAGUUUCGACGGGGAGCCCAUCGAGGAUGCCCCACCUCUGUGGUGCGCUGCAGCCGCCGGCCACCUGGGCAUCGUGAAGAUGCUCGUCCGCCGGGGGGCGAAUGUGAACAGUACCACCAGGACGAAUUCCACACCGCUGAGAGCCGCCUGCUUCGAUGGACACUACGAGAUCGUCAAGUACUUGGUGCACCAUGGAGCAGACUUUGAGGUGGCGAACCGUCACGGCCACACCUGCUUGAUGAUCGCCUGCUACAAGGGUCACUUCCGCAUCGCCCAGUAUCUUCUCUCCCUGAACGCCGAUGUGAACCGCUGCAGCGUGAAGGGCAACACGGCACUGCACGACUGCGCCGAGUCGGGCUCCUUACAGAUCCUCCAGCUGCUGCUCAAGCACGGCGCCACCAUGGACGUGGACUAUUACGGAAUGACUCCGCUGCUGGCGGCCAGUGUCACCGGUCACAUGCCCAUUGUGGAGCACUUAAUCACUUUGCCCUGUGUGAGCAGGGAGUCGAGGAUUCACGCUCUGGAACUGCUGGGUGCCACGUAUGUGGACCGGAAGCGGGACAUGGCAGCGGCACUAAACCUGUGGCGUCGAGCGCUCGAGGAGCGUGCCGUGGAGCCACCGCUGGAGAAGAAGGUUCAGGAACAGGUGCCGGCCUAUGAGAUGGUUCGCGAGGUGACCAGCGUGGAGGAGCUGGAGGAGAUGGUUUUGGAUCCGGAUGAGAUGCGAAUGCAGGCUCUGGUCAUUCGACAGCGCAUUCUCGGACCCACCCAUCCGGACACCAGCUACUACAUUCGAUUUAGGGGCGCUCACUAUGCGGACGCUGGUCGCUUUGACCGCUGCAUCGAACUGUGGUCCUAUGCGCUCACCAUGCAGCAGAAGAUUCUACAGCCACUCAGCCCGAUGACGCAGUCCUCGCUGCUGUCCUUCGCCGAGCUGUUCAGCUUCAUGCUGGUUGAGGCGGGUCGCCUGCUGCCGAGAGGUCGAGUGGUUCCGCCGAUCGAGCCUGACAGCAUGCUGACGAUAUUCUACAAGGCUGUCAAAGAGGUUGAGCGCGGGCUGGCAUUCACGUUGGAACAGCAGAAGGACCAGCAGCAGCCGCAGAAACAGUUGCCAGCAGCUGACAAAUCGCCAUCCUGUUCGGCUUCCUCAUCCGCAUCUUCCUCCUCCUCAACGACGCUGCUUUCGGCGCACCAGCACGAUUGUAAUCACGAUCCCAAUGCCCUGAGUCGCACCAUGAUAAGUGCCAUUCACAUAGGCUGUCUGCUGAGCUCGCUGCUGGACACAGACGCCCUGAACCCAGAGAUGCGUCGCCAGGUGAUGGGGGCGCUGUACCGUCUGAAUCGCUUGAAGGUGCGCGUAAGAUUCGAUCGCACCGCCUUGCACUACGCCUGCUAUCGGGAGGGCACGCUGGCCGGCCGCUAUCCCUCAUGCCAGUUCCCCUCGGUGACGCUGGCGAAGGCCUUGCUGGAGGUGGGAGCUGACCCAAAUGCCAUCGACGAAGCGGGCAACACGCCACUCCAUUUGGCUACCAUGCAGCCCUAUGUGGAGCCCCUGUCGCACAUUCUGCUCGAGGGCGGAGCGCAUUUGGACACCAAAAACUAUGCUGGCGAGACGUUUGAGAGUCUGCUGGCCCCCACGCCCAUGCAUAAGAUCAUCGACCCAAUGAAGUACACAACGCUGGCGUGUUUGGCCGCGAGGACGAUCAAGAAGCAUGACAUUCGCUACGAGGGAACCGUACCAGCCACACUGUACGAGUUCAUCGAGCUGCACUAGAGACGAGGAUCGGGACGAGGACUGGACGAGAGUCAAGCACUCAAUUCACUCAAUCACUCAAUUGAUCACUAGAUGGAGCAAUCGAUCAACAGCCUGCCCGCCCGCCAUCCAUAACAUAAUAUCUACUACUACUAUGACUACCGUCUAUUUACUGUAUAAUUAGAGAUGGAGAGAGAGUUCGAAACUAUGCUGAAUGAUGAAAUAUGGACGAGAUCGUUACUAACGACUGGAAACUGAUUUGUGAUGUUAGCAAGCGAAGUGCCUGAAUCGACGGAUCAGGACGAUAACUACUACCACUGACAACGAUAACAAAACAGAAGCCAAUAAAAGAAAAUCAGGCAGACAACCGAAGCAACGCGAUGAAAUGUUCUAGAAGAGAUGAUUUGCUGUCUUUGAAUUUUGCUUGCGAAAUGUUUUGAAACUUUCUUUUUAAUAUGUGUUCUUGCUACAACAUUUUGUAUGACUUAUCAUUAAUAGAAUAUUGUUUGUACUUGUACUAUAUGACCAAAAGCCUGGGCGAGAUUGAGCAGCUUAAUUUUAAUUAUCUGGCAUCAAGCCGACUCCUCAACUGCUGCAGCAAUCGCGCCCAAGCCACGGAAAAUCCAAAAACCAGAAUACCUAAAACAAAAACAAACAACAAAUUAUUACCGGCCACCACACACAACUCACGACUUAGUGAUGCGUUUGUUUAUAAACGAGAAAACGAAGUUUUGGAAAUAUACAAAUUGUAAUUAACAACAAUAAUCAACUAUUGGUUUAUACGUGGAAUUAAACAUACUAACUCCCAAGCAACAUAGCACCGACAUAAAGAACCCAAAUGCAAAACCUUAAUGUAUGAUAUCUACGUAUGCAAAUGAGUAAUAUCAGCUAAUUCACAGGAAUACUUUGAUUUAUGUACUUGCAGAGUAUUUGCUUAUCAAAGGAGUUUUAGCUGCAGCGCAUCGAAUUGCCUGACAAAGUACAUUGGUGUCUAGAAAAAAAUAUUUCAAAAGCUGAAAGUAUCUAAUAUGUUAAAGUUUUGUAUAACUGGCUAAAAAGGGUUCACAUUAAAUCACAAUUGGUAUGUUAGCAAAUUAUGGCUUCUUUCGUCCGAGUGCAGUUUCAAAUUAUUAGUUAUUAGGUAAUCAAAUUUCGCCAUUUUAGCUCUAGAACAGCUGAAAAUACACAUUUUAAAGGGUAGUCAAAAAUAAUUGGGGGUGGCUAUUAACUUGGCCAACGUUUCAACAGUAGCAUAUGUGCAUGUGUCUAGCCACCAGUGUGUUCUGAAAUGCAAUUCGAUGUGCAUUCAUUAGGCUUAUGCAAACGUAUAAUUAUUGUAUCUAUGCUAAGCACUACAAACUGGGCUCCAUGGAAAAAAAGGUGGUUUAUGUAGCUCCAAUCUGGAAUUGUGUUUAGCUAACUACACUGCAAUUUUUUAAUUGGAACAUGUAAAGUUUUUCAAAUUCUCGUUUCGAUGUUGUAAAGAAAAUUUAAUCAUUUAACAAGGGUACAUUCAAAAACAAAGUUCACGUUUGUGCUAGGGAAAGUAUUUUUUUGCCUGUACUUGAUUUGUCCGUGUAUGUAUGUAAACCUUAAUUUAAAGAAUAUUUUCGAGACAGAAAUAAAACUGAUAACUAUUUUAA